UAACAAAACUUUAUAAAAUAUAGGGGGGAGGGGGAUGGGGUAGAAAAAAUAUUUUUUAAAAAGGCAAGAAUUUUACUCGAGGCAAAAUAAAAAAAAAAAAUAGCUUAACUUUUCUAAUGAGAGCACUUCUCUGGACGCGGCUCCGCUAUAUCAGAUAGAUGAUUUGUCCACACGCCUGCACGUACCAUGAACGCCCAGCUGUCGAUGGAGAACAUUGGCGAUCUGCACGGAGUGAGCCAUGAUUCGGUCCACAGCGCGGCGGAUCUGAUGACCGGAGACGGGUCUCAUCACAGAAGCCAUCGGAGCAGUCUGUCAGCCCAUGCGCGCUCCAUGGGCAUGGCGUCGAUCCUGGACAGCGGCGACUAUCAUCAUCACCACCGGCCCCCGGAGCACCCCGGGCUCGCCACCCACCUGCACCCGGCCAUGAGCAUGGCAUGCGAGGCUCCCCCCGGGAUGAGCAUGAGCAGCACCUACACCACCCUCACUCCGCUGCAGCCCUUGCCCCCCAUUUCCACCGUGUCGGACAAAUUCCCCCAUCACCACCAUCACCAUCACCACCACCAUCAUCACCCGCACCAAAGGCUCCCGGGCAACGUCAGCGGGAGCUUCACCUUGAUGAGGGACGACAGGGGUCUGGCCCCGAUGAACAACCUCUACUCGCCCUACCACAAGGACAUGGCCAGCAUGGGGCAGAGCCUGUCGCCUCUUUCGGGGUCCGGACUGAGCGGCAUCCACAACUCCCAGCAGGGGCUGCCGCCCUACGCGCACCCCGGGGCGACUAUGCCCUCCGAGAAGAUGCUCACCCCCAAUGGAUUCGAGGCGCACCACCCCGCCAUGCUGGCCCGGCACGGGGAGCAGCACAUGAGCGCGUCCUCGGCGAGCAUGGUGCAGAUCAACGGCAUCCACCAUCACCCUCACGGCCAUCUGAACGCCCAGGGCCACGGGCAGGUGCUGGGCUCCACGCGGGAACAGAGCCACUCCUCUGCGCCGGGAUCGCAGCUCAACAACAGCAGCAAUUCGGGCCAGAUGGAAGAGGUCAAUACCAAAGAAGUGGCCCAAAGGAUCACCACUGAACUAAAACGGUACAGCAUACCCCAGGCCAUCUUCGCGCAGAGGGUGCUGUGCCGCUCGCAGGGGACGCUUUCGGACCUGCUCCGGAACCCUAAGCCCUGGAGCAAGCUUAAGUCUGGCCGGGAGACCUUUCGCAGGAUGUGGAAAUGGUUGCAGGAGCCUGAGUUCCAGAGAAUGUCCGCGCUCAGGCUCGCAGCGUGCAAGAGAAAGGAGCAGGAGCAUGGUAAAUGUGAGCGGGGGAGCCUCUCCAAGAAACCCCGGCUGGUCUUCACUGAUGUCCAGCGUCGGACUUUACAUGCAAUAUUCAAAGAAAACAAGCGUCCGCCCAAAGAGUUACAAAUCACCAUCUCUCAGCAGCUGGGCCUGGAGCUCACCACCGUCAGCAACUUCUUCAUGAACGCGCGUCGACGGAGCCUCGAUAAGUGGCUAGACGAUUGCAGCUCCAACUCAGCCAACUCCUCCUCCUCUAGCACUUGUACCAAAGCAUGAUGGAGUAACGGCUGAAUAAUGGGGGAAAUGACGGGGAAAAAACUUCGGUGGAAAAGCUUUAAACAAAGAAAACUUAACAAAAGACAAUUUUAGACAGCGAUUUGCCCUUAAAACUUGUACAUUACCGAUGUUUAUAAUAUCCAAAGAAAACACCAAAGACUGCUUUGACCGCCAUUUUGGACUUUGUUCGUUCGUUUAUGUCUGACAUACUACAACAAAGAGCAGUUACACUCCAAUCACUGGUCAUACGGCCAUCAUUUUUAUAUGAACAGUUGCUUUCAAGGACUUUUUCUCGUCAAUGUUUAAACAUUAUCUCAAACCAGGAGUGAUUGUUAUGAACGCUGAUGUCAGAUUCUGUGACCACCGUCUGAAAACUUGACACGCGAGUGUAAUGCCUGACGUCACAUGC